AUUAUACCUGGCAUCAUGGCGCUAGCUCACGUGUUCCAAAAACUUUUACCGCGGUCUUCCAACGCCAUUUUCAUUUCUUACCGGCAUCCGUUAUUCAAGUGUGGGAGUCUGAAGCAGGAUCCAGUUUUUUCACUUAGUAGGCAUUUUACUUCUGAAACAAUGGCUAAGCCUCAAGUUUUUUUCGAUAUGGCUGCUGAUAAUCAGCCUCUUGGCAGGAUUGUUAUGGAAUUGCGAGCAGAUGUUGUGCCUAAGACAGCAGAGAACUUCAGAGCUUUAUGUACUGGUGAAAAAGGAUUUGGCUACAAGGGAAGUACCUUUCACAGAGUUAUCCCAGGUUUUAUGUGCCAGGGUGGUGAUUUCACCAAGCAUGAUGGAACUGGAGGAAAGUCAAUUUAUGGCAAUAAAUUUGAGGAUGAAAACUUUAUCUUGAAACAUACUGGACCUGGAAUAUUGUCAAUGGCUAAUGCUGGGAAAAAUACCAAUGGAUCCCAGUUUUUUAUCUGUACUGCAAAGACCUCAUGGUUGGAUGGUAAGCAUGUAGUAUUUGGUCAAGUUGUUGAAGGUUUUGAUGUUGUUAAGAAGAUAGAAAGCUUUGGAAGUCAGAGUGGCAAGACUUCCAAGAAAAUCAUUGUAUCAAACAGCGGACAAUUGUAAUUUUGUUUGCAUGUUUUAUUGAAUUUGUAUGUUGCUAUUUUGUAAUAAAGUUUGCAAUUAAACUAUAACAAGUA